ACGAAGAGACGUAUAGAAGAAAUGAUUACAACGAAAAAAAAAGCGAACAAAUAAUAUUAAAAAUCAGAUAUCGAAAAGGCAAGAAAACGAAAAAGGCUAAAAAGCGAGACAACGAAAAAAAAACAAAAAAGUCGAAAAGACGAAGAGACGAAAAGACGGAAAAAUUGGAACACACUUUUUGUUUCAAAACUCUAAUUUUGUUAUAUGAGGCGUCACGCUGCUCGGAACCCCCUCCCCCCUAGGAGCGUGACGUACUUUGUGGAUGGCCCCAAAGACAAAAGGGAGAAAAGACGAAAAAUUACGAACAGAUGAAAGGACGAAAAAACAUAGAAACAAAAGGACGAAAUGAUAAAAGACGAAAAGACGAAACGACGAAAAGACAAAAAGACGAAAGGACGAGAAGACAAAAAAAAACAAAAAAACGAGAAGAUGGAAAGACGCACAGACAAAAAGAAGAAAAGAAGAAAAGAUGAACAGACUAGGAGACGCGAAGACGAAGAGACGAGAAGAUGAAAAGACGAGAAGAUGAAAAGAAGAAUUGUCCAACAGACCAAACGACGAAAAGACGAAAAUAUGAAAAAAACAAAGAAACGAAAAUUCGAAAAGACAAAAAAAUAAUAGAAGAAAAGAGGAAAAUAUGAAAAUACGAGAAGACGAAAAGACGAAAAGAUUAAAAGACGAAAAAAAGAACAGACUAGAAGAUUAAAAGACGAAAAUACGAAAAGACGUAGAGAUGAAAAGAUACAAAGACGAAAAAACGCAAAACGAAAGACAAAAAGUCGAAAAUACAAAAGGAUGAAAAGUCGAAAUGACGAAAAAACAAAAAGUCGAAAAGACAAAAAGGCUGAAAGAAGAAAAGAUAAAAAGACGACAGGACGAAAGACGAAAAGACAAAAAUACGAAGAGACGAAGAGAUAAAACGAUGAAAGACGAAAAGAAGAAAAAAGAAAGAAAGAAAAGAUAAAAAGAUGAUAAAUAAAAAACGGGAAGCCGGAAAGAGAAAAAUACGAAAUAACGAUGAGAAGAAGUGACGAGAAGGCAAGAAAACGAAAUGACAAAAAAUCGAAAAGACAAAAAGUCGAAAAGAUGAAAAGGCGAAAGGAAGAAAAGAUGAAAGACGAAAAGACAAAAAGGCGAAAAGACGAAGAGAUGAAAAGAUGAAAGAAGUAUAGAAGAAAACACGAAAGAACUAAAAGACUAAAAAACGAAAAGACGAAAAAACGAAGAGACGAAGAGAUGAAAAGAUGAAAGACGAAAAGCCGUAAAGAAGAAAAAACGACGACGAAAAGACAAAAACACGAAAAGGCGAAAAGGCGAAAAAGAAAAUAUAAAAAGACGAAAAAGGCCAAAAGAUGAGAACACGAAAAUACAAGAAAAGAUUAAAAUACAAUAAACCGAAAAUAUGGUAAGACAAAUGGACGAAAAUGUGGGAAGCCGAAAAGACGAAAAGAAAAAAACACAAAAAGGCGAAAAGACGAAGAGACGAAAAGACGAAAAAACAAUAGGACGGAAAAACAAAAAUGCGAAAAGACGAAAAUACAAAAAGACAAACAGACGAAAAUAUGAAAAAACAAAAAGACGAGAAGACGAAAAAAAAGAAGAAAAAACGUAAAGACGGAAAGACGUAAAGAUAGAAAACGAAAAGACGAGGAAACGUAAUGGCGAGAAGACGAAAAGAUUAAAAAAUUAAAAGAUGAAAAGACGAAAAAACAUGAAAACAAAAAAGCGAAAAUUGGAAAAAACGAAUAGUUGAAAAGACGAAAAGACAAAGAGACGAAAACACAAAAAGAUGAAAAGAAGAAAUUAAAAAGAUGAAAAAAUUAAUGAACGAAAAAACGAAAUUUCGUAAAUUCGAUAAGGCGAAAAAACGAAGAGACGAAAAGACGAAAAGCCGAGUAGAUGAAAAGACGAGAAGACGAAAAGACGAGACGACGAUAAGAUGAGAAGACAAAGAGACGAGAAGAUGAAGUCAAAAAGACGAAAAGACAAGAAGAUUAAAAGGCGAAAAGCCGAAAAGAAGAAAAUAUGAAAAAAUAAAAAGACAAAAAAUGAAUAGAAGAAAAGACGAAAAUAUGAAAAUACGAGAAGACGAGAUGACGAAAAGUAGAAAAGACGAAAAGACGAAAAGAUGAAAAGAUGAAAAACUAAAAGACUAGAAAAUGAAAAGACGAAAAGACGAGAAGAUGGAAAGACGAAAAGGCAAUAAAACGAAUAGACGAAAAUAUGAAAAACAAACAAAAGGAAGAAAAUGCGAAAAGACGGAAACCGAAUAGAAGAAACGACGAAAACAUAAAAUAGGAGAAGAUGAGAAGACGAGAAAACGAAAAGACGAAAAGCCGAAAUGCCGAAAAUACGAAAAGACGAGAAGAUGAAAAUAGGAAAAGACGAAAGGACGAAAAGACAAAAAGAUGAAAAAACGAAAGGAUGAAAAGACGACAAGGCGAAAAAGCAAAACGACGAAAGCGUUAGCGUUGUUACGGUAUACUUCGUAGAUUGGACACUAGUGAUACUCAUGUUUCUUAUGGAAUCCUUAUCCAGAUUGCUAUCGGAAAGACGAAAAGUAGAGAAGACGACAAGAUGAAAGGACGAAAAGACUAAACGGCGAACAGGCGAAAAGAUGGAAAGAAAAAAACGAUAAAAAGACGAAAAGACAAAAGAAGAAAAAACGAAAUGAAUAGAAGAUAAAAAAGGGAUAAAUCGAAAAGAUGGGAAGUCGAAAAGAGAAAAAGACGAAAUAACGAUGAGAAGAAAAGACGAAAAGGCGAGAAGACGAAAAAAAGAAAAACGAAAAGACAAAAAUUUGAAAAGACAAAAAGACGAAAUGACGUAGAUUCGAAAAGUAAAAAAAUCGAAAAGACGGAAAGACCAAAAGACGAAAAGACGAGAGAACGAAAAGAUGAAUAGUCCAAAGGAUGAAAAGAUGGAAAGUCGAAAAGAGAAAAAGACGAAAUAACGAUAAGAAGAAAAGACGAAAAGACGAAAAAACGAAAAGACAAAAAAUCGAAAACACGGAAAGGCGAAAUGACGAAGAGGCGGAAUGUCGAAAAGACGAAAAGUCGAGAAGACGAAAAGACGAAAGGACGAAAUAACAAAAAGAUAAAAAAGAAAGGAUGAAACGAUGAAAAACGAAAUGACAAAAAUUCGAACAAACAAAAAGACGAAAUGACUAAAAUUCGAAAAGUCAAAAAGUCGAAAAGACGAAAAGACCAAAAGGCGAAAAGACGAGAGAACGAAAAGAUGAAUAGUCAAAGAUGGAAAGUCGAAAGGAGAAAAAGAUGAAAUGACGAUGAGAAGAAAAGACGAAAAAACGAAAAGACAAAAAAACGGAAAGACGAAAAGGCGAAAUGACGAAAAGGCGGAAAGUCGAAAAGACGAAAAGUCGAGAAGACGAAAAGACGAAAAAACGAAGAGACAAAAAGGCGAAAAGGCAAAAAGUCGAAAAGACGAGAACACGGAAAAAAACGAAACAAUGAGAAGAAGAAAAAAAAAGAUGAAAACUAGAGAAGACGACAAGACGAAAGGACGAAAAUAAGAAAUGACGAACAGGCGAAAAGAUGAAAAGAAAAAAAAAAGAAAAGACGAAGAGACGAAAAGAUGAAAGACAAAAAAAAACGAGAAGAUGGAAAGACGAAAAGACGUGAAGAUGAAAAGAUACAAAGACGAAAAAACGAAGAGACGAAAAAACGAAAAACGAAAAACGAAAAGACAAAAAGACGAAAUGACGUAAAUUCGAAAAGUCAAAAAGUCAAAAAGACGAAAAGACGAAAAGAUUAAAAGACGACAAGACGAAAGGACAAAAGACGAAAAGACAAAAAGACGAAGAGACGAAGAGAUGAAAAGAUGAAAGACGAAAAAACGUAAAGAAGAAAAAACGAACGAACGAGAAGACGAAAAGGCGAAAAGGCCAAAAGACAAAAGGACGAAAAGAAGAAAAUGCGGAAAAAAGAAAAGACGAAAAGACGAAUAGAAUAAAAGACAAAAAAGGAAAAGAUGAAAAGACGAAGAGACGAAAGGAAGAAAAAAAUGAAGAACGAAAAAAUUAAAACUCGUUUAAAGGUACAGAUGAAAAGGCCAGAAGAUGAAAAGACGAAACGUCGAAAAGACGAAAUGACGAUGAGAAGAAUAGACGAAAAAACAAAAAUACUUAAAGGUUCCCCCAAACACACGCGAUGCGACAGUCCCGACGCGAUUCUAGCGCUUGGCGACUGCGAUUCUGUCGCCGUUGGUAUGGAAGCGUAAAUAGAACAUUGCCUGCAGCGACCCAACGAUAGAAUCGCAGCGACUAGUUGUCGCUGUCGCGGCGAUAAAAUCACUUAGGUCUGGGGGAGCCUUAAAGACGAAAAGAUGAACGACGAAAAGACAAAAAGACGAAAAGUCGGAAAAACGAGAAAACGCAAAUACGAAAAAUCGAUAAGAUGAAAAGACAACAAGAUGACAAGACGAAAAGACGAAAAUACGAAAGGACGAAAAGGCGAAAAAGAUAUAUUUUCUUUCAAAUAAAAUACAAUAUACUAAAAUACAAAAAAGGUUAAAAGAUUGAAACACGAGAAUACAAGAAACGAUGAAAAUACGGUAAAACAAAAAUAUGAUAAGACAAAUAGACGAAAAUAUGGGAAGCCGAAAAGAUGAAAUGACGAAAAGACUUCAAGACGAAAAGACGAAAAGUUGAAAGGACGAAAUGACGAAAAGACGAACAGACGAAAAUAUGACAAAAAGACGAAAAACAAAUAGAAGAAAAGAGGAGAAGACGAGAAGUCGAGAAGACAAAAAGACGAAAAGACGAGUAAAGGAAAAGACGAAAAGGCGAAAAGAUGAAAAGAUGAAAAGACGAAAAUACAAGAAUACGAAAGACGUGAAAACAAGAAGGCCAAAAUUGGAAAAGACGAAAAGACGAUAAGUUGGAAAGACGAAAAGAUGAAAAGACGAGAAGACGAUGUUACGAAAAGUUAAAAAGAUGAAUAAAUGAACAGACGAAAAAAACAAAAUUUCGUAAACUCAAUAAGACGAAAAAACGAAGAGACGAUGAGACGAAAAGAAAAACAAGAUGAACAAAUGUGAAAAGCAAAUAAAUCUAUUUGACGGAAAUGACAAUAAGCAAAGAGGCAGAAGAACAACGCAGUGAGGUGGAUAUUUCAAAAGAAAAUAAAUGGAGCACAGUUACGAAAAGGUCUCAAAUAUUUGUGUUCAAAUAAAGCGCUGUUUAAUAUAGCGCUCAUUGUUGAUUCAAUUCUGUUUAUGAUGAUUGGAAAUUAACUGCAAUUCACUUUAGAGCAUUGCAAAUCCAUAAACACAUUCGUCAUUAAGAUUAGUCGUCAUCAUUUUUACACUUUUAUAUGAAUUAUUCACCAUUCCAAAUCACUUACUAUCCACCGUCGCCGGCGACGAUGACGACACCGUCGAAGAGUUUUCACCGUUGUUGCGUUGAUUUGACGCGGGCCUAUCUCUGCCUGCCCGUUCGGAGCAGUUUAUGCUAUGCCUUCUCCCCGUCGCUACCCGCAGCAGCAACAGCCGUUCGUAUAAUUGCAUAAACGCAUAGCUCUCCCCGUGUAGAAAAGCCCAUGAACACACGUACAGUUAAUGUGUUUUCCACAUAUUCACUCACUCUCAGCGCCAUACCAGCCGACAGGAACGGUCUCGGCAGCCAAUUGGGCUGCUCGUGAUUAGUUGCUUUGGUUCUUCACCAUUCAUUGCUUCAACAGUUUCGUUUCGAUUUCGUUCUUUUCUCUUCCAUGCACGAUGUUCCCCGGGGUGCCGCCGGUUUGGCCGCGGAUCUCCGUCUCGAACGACAGCAGUUUCGACGAAGUAACAGUCUCCACACUGUCGGAUCUGCAACUGGGAGGAAAUUUGGCGUCCAGCGCGGGGGUCACGAUACCGGAGCAUCAUCACCGGGAAGCGCCAUCGCUGCAGCUCAUCAACAAUAGUGGAAGUAUCAACAGUGGCGGAAGCGGUGGUCAGCAACAGCGCAACAGCUCCGUCAACGGUGGUAACGCGGUGGAGAACAAUUUGAAUCGCACGAAAAAGUCAUCCAACAAAUCAACGAACCCGCUGCAGCAGCAGCAACAGCCCGUAUUCAACCCGCAUUCGAAGCACCUGGACGUGUGGUUGGCCAACGCCAUUCGUGGUCUGGAGACCGCCACCAGUCAGGAUUCGUCCGAUCAACUGGACAGUCCAACGCCGAAAGGCGGCAGCUACGGAGAACCAUUGUCGCUCCCGCCCAAUUUGAACUACCUUGACGCGCCAAACUCGUCAUCGCCGUUCAGCACCGGACUCUUUUCGCCAACUCAGCUGCUGCUGCAACAGCCGCCUCCCAUCGGCGGUGUCAGUGCGGGUGGAUCGAUCGAGCUGGGAGGAGUCGGCGGCGGCAGCGGCAGCAUCGGUGGUGUCACUCAACAGAAUCCGUAUCGAUUCGGCAUCGGCGGCGGUGUCUCCAGUCAUCAGUAUUUGCUCAACGACAGCAGUGAGUUUGCGAGCCUUCCACCGCGGAUCAACCAUCAGCAGCUCUACCAGCAUCAGCAACAGCAGCAGCAGCUGUCGUCGGUAGGAGGACGGAGGCAUCCACUGCAGCGGAACCAGAGUUCGUCGUUUCAAGACUUGCUGAAUGCGCAAAGAAUCAUGACGGACUCGUACAUCAACGACUCGUCGGACAACGAAUCAAAGAACGGCUGUGCCAAAUCGAAGCUGGAAAUGGCCGAAUCCCUUCUGGCGGACCUGAACCUCCUGAACAAUGGCAGCGGCACCAGCACUGCCUCCGGGAAUGGCACUGGUGGCGGCGGUGGAGCCAAUGGCAGUGCAGGUGGCUUCAAUGGAAACUCUACCACCAGUGGCGCAAAUCUGAACAGCGUGAAUAACAACAGCAAUGGCAACAACAAUCUGGUCGUGGUACUUUUGAAGGAGAUUGGCAAAUUGCACGAAACGAAUAAGAAAAUCUGCCGAAAUUUGCAUGAGACCAAAGUGGAGAUGGAAGCUUUGAAGCAUUCUUCGCACUGGGGCCUCAGCCACCGUAGAGACAGUAUAAGCGGUUUGAGCACCAAUAGUCAGCCUGUAGGAAUGCGUUACAAUAGCUUCGGACUGCAGAGUCCUGCACCGACGUAUCACUCGCAAGGAAGCUAUAGUCCCGGUUUAGUCGCCGAUGUUAUCCGUGAAAUCCGCGAAGUGUCACGCGUGCGCGAAGAAGCCAUGAUGGACCGCAUGAAGACGAUGAUCGAAGAACGCUCGUGGGCACUAAACGAAACAAACUUCCGGCUGCUGAAGGAAACGGAAGACGCCAAAAAGAGUAUCCACCACGUGCGAGCCGAGAUGAACCAGAUGGUCGAUCGGAUGCUGAAGCUCGAAAACGAAGUCAUCAACCUACGGGCGCAGCUAAAUAACCAACAACUGCAACAGCAGCUCCAUCUGCGGGAGCGGGAUGGCUACGGACAGCCGCAAUCGUCGUCGGCAGCUUCCGCGGCCAAACUGCGGCGCAAUAGCAUGCACUUGAACUACGGCAGAAUAAACAAUACGGACGAGUUCUACGGUGGUAACAACUUCAACGAUUUGAGCAACGAGUUGCGAUUCGGCAACGGGAACGGUGGGAAUGGCAGUAGCUUGCGCGGUACCAAGAUCGGUGAGAAUAGCUUUGUCGGUGGUCAAACCUUGAAUGGGGCUGGUGGUGGUAGUAGUUACGGGGAUGAUAUGCAUGAAGACUCCGCCAGCGACCAGGUGCUGUUGCUGGAGAAGGAUGCGCUGAAGUUGCGGCGAGAGCUACAGGACGCUUUGGCCUCCAAGCAGGAGUCGGAAAACCGGAUUACAGCAUUGGAAAAUAUUGUAAGCACUCUCAAAGAACAGGUUCCGCCGGUCGGCACGUCCGGAUGCACCAUUCCAUCGCUGAUGGGAGCGAAGAGUUCGACGACGACGACGACAACGGCGAUGAAUGCGACGAGUGCCUUGAGCUCCCCGGCUGGAAUGGUGCCAGCUAGUGGCGGUCAUCACCUAAAUCAUCAUCAUCAGCAGCAGCAGCAUCAGUACUACUUCAGAAGCAUCAACAACGGUUCGCCCAACAGUCAACAGCAGCAGACACUUGCUGCCGCUCCAGUGGGAUCGGUAUCGCCGUCCAAGCUGCAGAAGGCGGCACAGAUUCAGAGCAUACCGACGCCGGCUGGUAAGCAGUUCAUGCAUCUGGCGCCGGGACCGGUGACGGAUCUAUAGGAUGUAACAAAAUACUUCUAAACCCCAGCAAUAAGGGACUGUAAACCAAAAGUGCCAUCGAACUCGAAAGAAUCGAAACCCAAUCGUUAGGAAAACAAUCGUAUAUCACAAGAAGUUGGCAGCCGAAACAAAUGAGCUUGACAUUAAUAUUCACAUUAAGGAGAUUAAUCAUAGAAAUAUUCUCAAAAACAAAAAAAACGAAUUACCAGAUGAUAGGUAUGAGAUAAAUUGUUAUAAAUAGCUUUGAAACCGAUCAAUUAUAGGACAGUAAAUUUUACUUGAUUAAUUUUAGUUCAAUAAAAGUUAUUGAAAAAAUGGAAAAAUGAAAAACACUGAUACUGUUUUCCUCACAAUUAUACUUUAGGAGCAACGUUGACUUAAAUGCGAACAUUCGUUGAAGCUUCUGUAGCUUGUUCAAAUGGAUUAGUGAUUACCAAACAUUUAUCAACGUAAGUUAGUUUUUAGUACGUCGUCGUCAUGUAAAUACAAAUGUUUUAACUCAAGCCUACUGGAACAUUAACAACUCAUAAGCAAUCGCGUAGCUAUUACCGUCGAUUAAGGUCACUAAUUAUAAAACCACAAGUAAAACGUUGUAGCAAUAACAAAUGCAUCACGAAACAAUUCCAAACAUACAGGUAAAGGAGAGCACUAUACUACGUAGGUUCUGCGGUGGUGUCCAGUCGAGAACGAAGCGUUACGAUAUGAUAUAGAGCAUAUUUUUAGAAGAACUUAACCAAGGGAAACCGGAAACGUGUACAUAGAGUCAUAUUUAUUUAUAAACUACCUACCACACAAGGAUGGAAUAAAGUUUAACCAUUGAAUCUA